AGUAUUGAAUUUUCGGGAUUUAAGUUGUUGUUUUCUUGAUUAUUGCUUAAUUUCUUAACGAAAACAUUUUAAUAAGAUGUACAGUAACGUUUAAAGCUGCUACCAAAAUAAAAUAACAAAUUGAGAUGUAUUCUCCUCGACAAAAGAUUGUGUGGUUCGCCUUCAGCACCAGGAUUGUAGUGUUGCUUCUGCAAGCUUUAUUUAACAAUCUUAUUCCGGAUCAUGAUGCCAAUGUUUUCAUCAGUCCUGAAGACCCAACACUUCGCAAAACAUACGCCGAUAUAGUAGUAGAUAAAGUUCUCGGUGGGCUAAAACGAUGGGAUGCUCAGUAUUUCAUACACAUCGCACAGUAUGGAUAUACCUAUGAAAAUUGUUUAGCAUUUUUUCCACUAUUCCCCAUGAUUGUAAGAUAUGUAGCCUAUGGCUUGUGUAGUUUGUUUGGGUCCUUGUUAAAUUAUCACAGUACAUUGUUGAUAUCAGCAACAGUUUUAAAUCUGUUAAUGUUUGUAAAAUCUGCAGAUAUUUUACAUAGAAUAAGUUUGAGAAUACUUAGAAAUGAAUGUAAAGCAUAUAAAUCUGCUAUAUUGUACUGUGUUAAUCCAGCAAGUAUAUUUUUUACUGCACCUUACUCUGAAACACUGUUUGCUUUGAUGACAUUUUAUGUAAUGCUGAAAUGUACUGAAAAUGAAACAUUAAGAUUUGCCAACAUUGAUAUUAGUAGUGGCUUGCCGACAGGCUUUUCCAUGAUCACUAGGUCCAAUGGUUUAGUUAAUUUAGGAUUCAUAUUUUAUACAAGUUUCAAAAAUGUCAUAGAGAGGACUCUGCCUGAAAUUGCCUAUAAAUAUAGAACCUUAAAACAUAGAAUAAUUCUCCCAUUUCUGUUGUUACCGUUGCUUACAACUAGUGUGGCAUUAUUUUUGACUGUGAUAAUUGCUAUAUUGCCAUUCCUGUUGGUUCAGACUUACAACUACUUCAAGUAUUGUGUUCAUAGUGAUCACAACCUACCAGAGUUUCUGUUCAACUCUGAAUAUGUUUUGCCGGGGAGUGCAGAGAGUCCUUGGUGCAAUUACUCCUUACCCCUGUCUUACUCUUAUGUGCAAAGCCAUUACUGGGAUGUUGGAUUUUUUAAAUAUUACCAAUUGAAGCAAAUACCCAAUUUCAUGUUAGCUUUCCCUAUUUUGUUUCUAAUAACUUACAAUUGUAUGUCAUAUUUAAGUAACAAUUUUAGACUAUGUUUAAGACUUGGAAUAAAAUCAAAUAUAUUUGGAUAUGGAAACAGGAUGCCUUAUAGGCCAAAACAAUACUGCAAAGGUUUUGGGGCCAAUGAUCCUACCUUGUUUGUAUAUGUAGUUCAUAUAAUGUUUUUGAGCAUUUUCUGUAUUAUAUUUAUACAUAUUCAAGUGUCAACAAGAUUAUUAGCAUCAGCUAGUCCAAUUUUGUAUUGGAUCUGUUCAAGUAGAAUGAAUGUUGGUCCAACACCAACUUCAGACCAAAAUACUAUUAAUGAACAUUUUCGGCGUCUUGGAAUCGGGAAAAGGAUUCCAUCUCACCAUCUCUCAAUAGCCAAUUUAGAGGGUGUUGACAAUAUGUAUAGCAAAUGGAAAACAUUCAUAAUAUCUAGAAGGAUGCCUGAUUUUCAAUCGCGCUUAAUACAAUAUUACUUUAUUGGAUAUUUUGUAAUAGGCACAGUACUAUUUUCAAAUUUCUAUCCGUGGACUUGAAGUGAUGUCGUCAUAACAAAACAUAUCAAACAGACGUAUCCAUAACAAAUAUUCAUAAAAGUUAAUUAACUAGGUAGCAAUAGAAACUACUGUGGUAGGAGGUUGAACUUUCGCUUUUAUUAAGAGUAGGCGCACGUGCGCACACCGUUGAUUUUUCGUCGGCCGAUAGUUAGUCGGACUGUUGAUCAGUAUGGGCACGUAUGGGAGUGCGCACACUACGCCGAUUCGAUUUGGCCGAUUCUUCAUACAAUUUGAAAUCGGGCACCACUAUCGGCCAACUAAAAAUCAACGGUAUGUGCCUACUCUAAAGGAUCGUGAUAUGAACAGAAACAAACUAUUAAAAGUAUAGAUUUUGGUCUGUGAUUGGUCGAAACUAGGCUAUUUACUAGAUUGAAAUCUAUUCAUAGCUUGAUUCGAGUUUUGGACAUAAUUAUGUCGUUUCAUAAUACGGCCCUCUAUAAUAGUGAUAUUGUGAAGACAGUACCUAAGUACAUACCUAAUUUAUUUGGUUUUCUAUUAUAUGAAGUAUUAUUCCACAUAUCACGUGCUAUAGCUACUGCUGUUCAUUAUUCUUUAGGACAUGCCAUUUUCUUAACCAAAAUUAAAUUUGAAUGAAGUAGGGUAGUAUGAUAGCAUGUAUUUGUGGCAAUACACGCAGUUUGAGCCACUGUAAAAGCCAUUUUUAAUGUACAAAUUAAUGCAGUUAAAAAAGUAAGUUUUUAAAGUUAUGAAUAUUGAUAAUAAUGUGCCUGUACACAGUUAAUUAUGGAAUCUUUGGCGAUCAGAUGGAAAUUGGCUCAUUUCAUAGCACCUACCUACCUAAAAAUAAGUAGGUAUUGUAAGUUUCUUCUGCUUGAAGUUAAUAAAGAAUGGGGCCUUUCAGAGUUAGUCCAUUUAUAUUCUAGUUAUAAAGAUUGCCUUUUUAAGAUAUUCUAGUCAUAAAUUGAAAUUCUAAAUAAUAUAUUACGCCGACAUUGGUAAAAAAAAAUUGCGGACUUAAGACCUUUAUUAUUUUAAAUAAAUUAACGGUCUUAAAGCGUCUGUAUCACUUUGCAAUACUACCCUUUAAGUGGAUAAAAUAACAGUAGAGUAAGAUUAACUUAUGGAUAAGUGUAGCUAAUUUAUUAUUUAUUAACACAUUUUGUUUUAAAUUAAUUACAAUUUACAGCCGACCUGUUGUAACAAAAGUGAGAAGGAAAGAUGAGUUAUGAAGUGAAGUAUGUACUACACGAGUUUGUGUUCAUUAUUUAACAUUAAUUGCAUAAUCCGCCUAAGUGUACUCACAGAAUACACUUACGAUUUUGAAAUAAGUUAUGUAAUUUAAAUUUUCAUAUAAAUUGUAAGAUUAGAAUUACGUUUUUAGUAUAUUUAUGAAUUAUGCACAAAUUAACAUUCUUGCAAGCAUUUUUUAUUUAUAAUUAUGUAAAUAUACAUAGUAUUACAUAUUGUCAGUUUGUUUGCUUGUGCAACCGUCCGGUAUUUAACCAUAUUGUAUUUUGUACUAAAGUAAAUAAAUACCUCAUGAUUUCCAUUGAAAUAGAUUCAGUUUACAGUAUUGCAGCACACCAA